AUGGCUGAAACACUAAAAGACCCAAAUGAAGCCUCAGCUAAGGACAAUUUUCCAAAUAAUAAAAGAGAAUCAAAAAUAAUUUAUAAAUAUGUCAUCUCGUUCACUCUCUUGCACCUCGCCGCGUUAUAUGGCUUGUAUUUAUGUUUGACAUCAGUGAAAUGGCUCACUAUUGGAUUCAGUUUGCUGAUGUAUCAAUUAUCUAUACUCGGAAUUACUGCAGCUGCUCAUAGACUCUGGUCUCACAGAAGCUACAAAGCAAAAUUUCCGCUGCAAGUGAUUCUUAUGGUGUUCAAUUGCAUGAGUUUCCAAAACUCAGCUUUAAAUUGGUGCCGGGACCAUCGAGUGCACCAUAAAUGCUCUGACACCGAUGGUGAUCCCCACAACGCGAGCCGAGGAUUCUUCUUCUCGCACAUUGGAUGGCUGAUGACCAAAAAAUCCGAAGAGGUGAAACGACAAGGCAAAUCUAUCGAUAUGUCUGACUUAUACAACAACCCUGUCUUACGUUUCCAGAAAAAAUAUGCGGUACCUUUAAUUGGAACUAUCUGCUUCAUUCUCCCGACUUUUAUACCGAUGUAUUUUUGGGGUGAAACCUUGAACAAUGCUUGGCAUAUGAACAUACUCCGCUAUGUCCUUUCUCUGCACGCGACGUGGUGUGUCAAUAGUGUUGCCCACAAAUGGGGUUAUAAGCCGUACGACAAAAAUAUAUUGCCAAGUCAAAAUAUUCUUCUCAGUACUGCCAUGCUUGGCGAAGGAUUCCACAACUAUCACCACGUGUUCCCGUGGGACUACCAGGCAGCUGAACUUGGGAAUAAGAAAUUUAACCACACUACUUACUUCAUAGACUUUUUUGCGUGGGUUGGAUGGGCAUAUGACCUGAAGUCUUCUUCCGAAGAAGUUGUACGGAAUCGAGCGGAGAGAACUGGCGAUGGAACUGACCUAUGGGGUGAACGUGAUAAACGUAAUUGUGUAGAAUAAUAAUAAUAUUUUUACUAAUUAUUUAAGUUUGGAUAGUUAUAGCACAGUUAUAGUGAUUUUAAAGAAAUGGCAGCUAUAACUGAGUAUUUAAAACUGUCUGACAUAGUACAAACUUUGUUGAGUUUGGGACUAGGGCGCAGUGUAAAAUGUUCAAGGAUGUUAUUUAUUUUAUUUAUGUCGAGUAUGUGAAUAAAUGGUAAAAUAUUGACAA